UUCUCAUUGAGCAGCAGAAGAAAACCAGGGCUCGGUCUUGUUUUUGUCGGUGUUCGCUCUCGGCACUCGUGCUCCGAAGAUGCGCAUCGAAAAGUGUUAUUUCUGCUCGGGACCUGUGUAUCCUGGACAUGGGGUGAUGUUUGUACGAAACGACUGUAAGACGUUUAGAUUCUGCAAAUCAAAAUGUCACAAGAACUUCAAGAGGAAGCGCAAUCCAAGAAAGACCAGAUGGACCAAAGCAUUCAGAAAAGCUACAGGAAAGGAGCUUACAGUGGACAACUCACUGGAGUUUGAAAAGCGCAGAAACAGACCUGUCAAAUACAGCAGAAAGUUGUGGGACAAGACAGUGGAAGCGAUGAAGAGAGUUGAGGAGAUUAAACUGAAACGACAGUCCAGAUUUAUCAUGAACAGAUUAAAGAAGGGCAAGCAGUUGGAGAAAGAAGAAGCCAUCAGCGAAGUGAAGAAAAACAUUCACCUUAUCAAAGCUCCACAUGCCGGAAAAGCCAAACAAAUGGAAGAGAAAAUGGUGCAGAAAUUACAGGAGGACGUCGACAUGGGGGAUGAGGAUAUUUAGGUGUAGGCUCAUUGUGUUUCUUCUGUUUCGCCCUGUAUUAUUUUGUGCUGAUGUUUAUUCCAGAUAGUGAACACAAAAAUAUGUUCUGUUUUUAAGGUCUGAAUAUGUCUUCAGAGCAGCAGCAUUUACUGGCCACGUCAUUGUCUUUACUGUGAAGGUCAGGCAUGUCAGGAAUUUACUCAAUUCUGUUGCAUUCUUUAACAUUAACAAUUAGUGUUAUUAGGUAUUUGACAGGAUGUUAGACACAGACUUGUGAUUUGUUCUUUUUUCUUGACAGUGGUUCAUAUACUGAUUAAAGUCCCAGAUUCUACAACAUCAA